CGGAAGGUUCCCUCCAGCACCGGGAAAACUGACAACUGAGUUUGCGGCGGAGUUUUACUUCGUGGUCGCGGUCUCCCUGCUCACCCUUGGGAAGAAAUGUCUUCUGUUAAAAGAAAUCCCAAAAGGGAAAUGAUUUCUGAACUCCACAGCUCAGCUGCAGAAGGAAAUGUCGCAAAGUUAGCAGGAAUACUCAGUCAUUCUCCAUCUCUUCUCAAUGAGGCUUGUGAAAAUGGAUGGACGGCUUUAAUGUAUGCUGCCAGGAACGGGCAUCCUGACGUCGUCCAGAUUCUGCUGGACAAAGGAUGUGACAGGUCACUUGUCAAUAAAUCGAGGCAAACUGCCCUGGAUAUUGCUGUAUUUUGGGGUUAUAGGCAUAUAGCUAACUUGUUAGCUAAUGCAAAAGGUGGAAAGAAGCCCUGGUUCCUAACCAAUGAAGUGGACGAGUGUGAAAAUUAUUUUAGCAGAACACUUCUGGACCGGAAGAGUGACAAAAGAAAUAAUUCUGACUGGCUGCAAGCUAAAGAGAGCCACCCUGCCACAGUUUAUAUCCUUUUCUCAGACUUGAACCCCCUGGUUACCCUAGGUGGUAAUAAAGAAAGCUCGCAGCAGCCGGAAGUAAGGCUUUGCCAGCUGAACUACGCAGAUAUAAAGCGCUAUUUGGCUCAGCCUGAGAAGAUCACCUUGGUGUUCCUUGGAGUUGAGCUUGAAAUGAAGAAAGGCUCACACAAUCAUGCCGGAGGAGCCCCAGAGGAAGAGGAGGAUGGUUUGGUUGCGUGGUUUGCCCUCGGUAUAGAACCUGGUGCUGCUGAGGAGUUUAAGCAAAGACAUGAAAAUUGUUAUUUUCUCCACCCGCCAAUGCCAGCUCUUCUGCAGUUGAAAGAAAAAGAGGCUGGGGUCGUAGCUCAAGCAAGAUCAGUGCUUGCAUGGCAUAGCCGAUACAAGUUCUGCCCAACCUGUGGCAGUGCAACAAAAAUUGAGGAAGGUGGCUACAAAAGAGUGUGUGUACAAGAGAACUGCCCUAGUCUCCUUGGCGUCCACAACACAUCUUACCCAAGAGUUGAUCCAGUCGUAAUCAUGCAGGUUAUCCAUCCAGAUGGAACCAAGUGUCUUUUAGGCAGGCAGAAGAGAUUCCCCCCGGGCAUGUUUACUUGUCUUGCUGGAUUUAUUGAGCCUGGGGAAACAAUAGAAGAUGCUGUGCGGAGAGAGGUGGAAGAAGAAAGUGGAGUCAAAGUUGGCCAUGUUCAGUAUGUCUCUUGUCAGCCAUGGCCAAUGCCCUCCUCGUUAAUGAUUGGUUGCUUAGCUGUGGCAGUGUCUACAGAAAUUAAAGUUGACAAGAAUGAAAUAGAGGAUGCCCGAUGGUUCACUAGAGAACAGGUUAUGGAUGUUCUUACCAAAGGGAAGCAGCAAGCAUUCUUUGUGCCACCGAGCCGAGCUAUUGCACAUCAGUUAAUCAAACACUGGGUCGGAAUGAACCCCAAUCUCUAAAUGAAAAAUACUAGCCUCUGUUGGAGUAUUACUUAAUUUGUAACACUACUUAUAUCUCAAGAAAGAUUAGACAUGUUUAGAUCUUUAGAAUCUUGUAACAUAAAACUUGGGAGCUUCAAAAAGAAUAAUGAAAAGAACACUUUUAAGUGCUCUUUCCAUUAUUAACUACAAAAUUCAUAGUUUCAUAAACUGGAAUGAUGCUUUAAGAUUUUCGUAAUUUGGAGGCAGCCAGUGAACAGUUUUAUUUUGUUUCCCAAUUUCAUCUCAGAAAACUAACUGUAUUUCUACCAAGAAAUACCAUGUUGGGGUGAAGAGCUUCAGAAAUGAGAUAACCCUUAAUCCAUUCCUUGUAAAGAGCAGAAUCCUUGUUGAAGAUAUGCAUCAAAGUAAUUUGAUGAAUUUUGAGCAUCUGUGUGUAUUUAGUCAUCAAAUUAUUCUUCUGGCCGUCUGGUUUAGUGGUCAUACUGUUGCAGUGUUGCUCCUAGUGUAAUAUGACCAAUAUUGAGAAUGAUUUUAGCACUUUACCCAGUACUGAUCUCAGAAUCCUGUACUCAUGGGUAGAGAACUAAAGAACAGAUGCACACCAUUGUAUAUGGCACUGCAGUUAAAUCCCAAGCCAACUAUUACAUCUCUCUGUUUUACCUAAAGUUGUUAUUAAGACACGUAACAGCUCUCCAAUUUUUCACCUGACUGUUAACAUUUUAGAAAGGAAUUUCUAGAGGUCAGAAACUAAAUAUGAAGACUAUUUACAUAUUAAAUAAAGCACUAGCUGUAUUUAGUUUUGUGAUGAGGGAUGCUUUUGUUUUGGAAAAAAUAUAAUAAUUGAUGUUGGUGUUCAUUAUAUCCAAAUAUAAUAUGUUGGCAUUGACCUUUUUUAUCAUAUCUUCAGAGCCUUAAGUAGUACACCUUAGAAUGGGGUUGCUAAGAUCUAGAGAAAGUUAUUGCAGCAUUUCACAGUUUUAUAAUAUAGAUUAUUAUAUUACUAAAAGUGUCUAUAGAAUAAAGAUCCAGAAAAAUGGCUCAGUCAUUAAGGUGCUUGCUAUGCUCAGAUCCUGUGCAAGUGUUUCCAAAACUGUGUUUAAUUACAUCCAAAUCUAAGCCAGAGACAUGAGUGUCCUGGGAACUUGCUGGCCACCCAGUCUGCUGGAUCACUAAGUAGACUAACAGACCUUGUCUCAAACAACACUAGGUGGAAAGCUGGGGAUGGAGCCACGGUCAAGAGCACCUUCUGUUUUUGUGGAGGACUAGAGUUUAGUUCCCAAGACCCUCAGGCAGGCCACAACCACCUGCAACUACAACUUCAGGGGAUCCAACACCCUCUUCUGGCCUCUGUAGGUAUCUGCGUGAACAUUUACAUAAGGCACAGACACAUAAAUAGAAUGAUUGAAGAACACACCUGACUUCUGUCUCUGGCCUACCCUACACACACACACACACACACACACACACACACACACACACACAUACUCAUAUGCAUACACAUACACAGUAGGUGAAAAGAAGUGAUGAUAGGAAAAAUGACCUUAGCUUAUCAAAUGUUUUUAAUUCAAAAUUUAAGUAUAACACUUAAAAGUUAUUUAACCUAAAUAAUAUAGCUUUCUUAGAGGAUUUACUUUACUAAUUAAUACCAUUGCUUAGCAGUUAAUGAAGGCUUAUUAAAAUCAGAACUUUGACCAAACCAAAACCUACACAGGACAUUUCUAUAUAUGGUAAGUUGGACUUAUAUAAUUAUCUUAAAAGAAUAUAUUUUGAGUAUUAUGAAAUAUGAUCAGCUGAAGUUCAUCUUUGCUCCAAAUGUGCUUUUAGUAGUAGUUUUGUAUUGUAUUAUAAACUCCCAUGUCCUUAAUGUUUUUAAUAAUCAUUCCUAUUUUUGACAUUGGACAGGUGAGGAUACAUUGUAAAUAUAAAUGAUUGCUACCUUAACCAGUUCUGGAGGGGCAAGUGUCACACAAGUAUUCAAUAGAAAUCGAUAUAGCAAUGCAUUAAAAUGUUUUCUGUUUGUGUAUUGUGUGUGUUUAAAAUGUUUUAAUGAAUUUUUUGACACAAGUUUAUAGUGUAGUCAAUAUCAUCUGCUUAUUAAUGAUGUUCAUAAGAAAAUUCUCUGUCUCUCUCGCGCGCGCUCGCUUGCUCGCUCGCUGGCUGCAAUCUCACUAUAGACCAACCUAUAUAGUUCUUUGAUUACAGGUGGGCUCCAACGUAUCUGGUAAAAGAAUUAAAAUUUUGAUUUGGUGCAUGAAUGUAGCCCAGUGGUAAUUUACUUGUGUAAUGCCUCCAAGGUACUGGGUUUAAAUCAGAGCAUUUUUUUAAUUGUCUAUUUUAAAUCUUAAGUUUUAUAGUUUGAGGUAAAAUGUGUCAACAAAUGGACUUGUGUGAGCUUAUGUUGUGAAUAAAGUCUUCAGAUUUAACACUA